UUCAGAAUCCCUCAUUUACUUUGGAAUUUUACAUGUAUCGCCAACUUGAUCUGCGUAUAUCUGAUGUCGAGAGACCAAGAUUUGGCUACGCACAUGAAAUGCAUAUCUUCUCUGAUGUCAGUGUGUUAGUUUGUGAUUACCUGCCGUAUGGAACUCUCCUGGAUGUCAUAAAUUCUCACUUAGUAGUCGGUCGAUACAUGGAUGAAGUUCUAUGCAUGUAUUAUACCAUAGAGAUGCUGAACAUGUUGGAAACACUGCAUAGUGUUGGCAUAAUCCAUGGUGAUUUCAAACCUGACAACAUCCUUGUUUGCUACCCGAGGUAGCUAUACCAUAUUGCCAUUACUGUUAGUCUGUUACCA